CCCCUGCGUUUUUUCUUUAUUCCAUUUCUCAUUCAAACAAGUCCACUGUCGUAGUUAUUCCACUGUUUGGUGCAACUGAAACCAACUCUGCUUUCAUCAGUACCCAAGCAUUGAUUCCUCAGUAGUGUUUGAGUGUUAGAAACAAAUCGAGCCAUUCCAUUUACUUUGGUUAGUGCAAACUACAAAAUGGCGCGUCCUCCACAACCGGAAGAGUUUGCUCUGAAGGAGACUGCCCCAAAAAUUGCCGGGUCAGGGGUGAUCACUGGUGGUGAUAAGCUUACGUGCACAUAUGACCUCGUUGAGCAGAUGGAAUACCUUUAUGUCCGUGUUGUUAAAGCAAGGGAUUUACCGGCGAAGGACGUUACAGGUAGUUGUGAUCCAUAUGUUGAAGUGAAGCUAGGAAACUACAAGGGAGUUACUCGGCAUUUUGAAAAGAAGUCGAAUCCUGAAUGGAAUCAUGUUUUCGCUUUCUCCCAGGAUCGACUUCAAGCUUCCUUUAUUGAAGUUGUGAUAAAGGAUAAGGACGUUGUCUUAGAUGAUUUCAUUGGCAAGAUUUCUUUUGGCCUUGUUGAUGUCCCGAGACGAGUCCCACCGGAUAGCCCAUUGGCACCACAGUGGUACAGAUUGGAAGACAAAAAGGGGGAUAAGAUCAAAAAAGGAGAAAUCAUGCUUGCUGUUUGGAAAGGAACCCAAGCCGAUGAGGCAUUUCCUGAUGCAUGGCAUUCAGACGCUGCAGCAGUUAGUACUGAGGGCAUUACAAGAAUUCGAGGGAAAGUAUACAUAUCCCCAAGGCUUUGGUAUGUUAGGGUCAAUGUAAUCGAAUGUCAGGAUCUGAUUCCUAGUGAUAAGAACAAAGUCCCAGAAGUUUGUGUGAAGGUUAUACUUGGCAAUCAGGCAGUGAAAACUAAACUGUUGAAGAGUGUCAAUCCAAUGUGGAAUGAGGAUUUGGUUUUUGUUGCUGCCGAACCAUUUGAGGAGCCCCUGGUCAUAACUGUGGAGGAUAGAUCCAACAAAGAUGAGGUCUUGGGGAAGUGUGUGAUUGCAUUACCAAUUGCACACAGGAGGUUUGACAAUAAGGCUGUGCCAUCUCGGUGGCAUAAUCUCGAGAAACAUAUUCUUGCUGAAGGGGAAAAGAAGGAGAUUAAAUUUGCUAGUAGGAUUCAUCUGAGGAUCUGUUUGGAUGGAGGGUAUCAUGUAUUGGAAGAGUCUACACACUACAGUAGUGAUCUUAGGCCAACUGCAAAGCAGUUGUGGAAGUCCAGCAUUGGGCUUCUGGAGUUGGGGAUUAUUAGCGCCACUGGGUUAUCUCCAAUGAAGUCAAAAGAAGGCCGGGGAACAACAGACGCCUAUUGCGUAGCAAAAUAUGGGCCAAAAUGGGUUCGAACGAGGACAAUUAUCGACAGCUUCUCUCCAAAAUGGAACGAGCAGUACACGUGGGAGGUUUUUGAUCCAUGUACUGUGAUCACAGUAGGGGUGUUUGAUAAUGGUCACCUACAAGGAGGGGGAAACGAUUCACGAAUUGGAAAGGUGAGGAUUCGGCUAUCCACGAUUGAAACUGAACGAGUUUACACACACUCCUAUCCUCUAAUUGUCUUGCAACCUUCAGGAGUGAAGAAAAUGGGUGAAGUUCAUUUAGCUGUGAGGUUCUCAUGCUCAUCUUAUUUUAACAUGGUGAACAAGUAUUCGCAACCAUUGUUACCAAAAAUGCAUUAUGUCCAUCCAUUGUCCGUAAUUCAGCAGGAUACAUUGAGGCACCAAGCAACUCAGAUAGUGUCAAUGAGGCUUAGUCGUGCCGAACCACCAUUAAAGAAGGUGGUGGUGGAGUAUAUGCUGGACGUGGGUUCCCAUAUGUGGAGUGUGAGGAGGAGCAAAGCUAAUUUCUUCAGAGUUUUGGAUGUUUUUAGUGGUGUAAUUGCAGUAGGAAAAUGGUUUAAUCAGAUUUGCCACUGGAAAAAUCCAAUUACAACCAUUUUAAUUCACAUACUCUGCGCGAUAUUAGUCCUUUAUCCAGAAUUGAUACUGCCCACAAUAUUUCUCUACCUCUUCUUUAUUUCAAUUUGGCGCUACAGACGAAAACCAAGACACCCUCCUCACAUGGAUAUCCGGUUGUCUUAUGCUGAUGCAGUUGGUCCUGAUGAACUGGAUGAAGAGUUUGAUACAUUUCCGACUUCCAGGGGAUCGGAUAAAGUGAGGAUGAGAUAUGAUCGCCUGAGGAGUAUAGGAGGGAGGAUUCAGAUGGUGAUCGGAGACUUGGCAACUCAAGGGGAGAGGUUUCAGUCUUUGCUGAGUUGGAGAGACCCGAGGGCAUCGGCUUUAUUUGCUACAUUCUGUUUAAUUGCUGCCCUUGUGCUGUAUGUCACGCCAUUUCAAGUGGUGGCCCUGCUCGGUGGCUUUUACCUGUUGAGACAUCCUAAAUUCCGCAAUAAGCUUCCUUCGCCGCCUGCUAACUUCUUCAGGAGGUUGCCUUCAAGAACAGACUGUAUGUUAUAGGCACCAUUACAGACCUCAAUUGCUUAUUGUGCAGAAAUGGCAGCAAGCAAGA